AAGUAAACCAGUUGGCGCACUGCCAUUCCACGUGAUUUAGCGUUGAGUCCUCCCGUCAGCUGUGCUUGUUUCAUCAUCCCCGCCUUCUCAGUUACUUCGACCACAAAUGACCGAAUGAUUGAGCGGAAAACGAAGGACCUUCUCUGAAAGAUGACACCUCUAGCGCUUGUAUCACAAUAUAGCUCCUUGAUACUGGCUCUUCAGAACGACAACAAGAGUGAAGAAGAUACAGUAAAUCCACUUGAUAGAAUUUUCACUUACACGCCCCUCCUGACAAUCAUCCUUGAUUCAUCUCUACGUGUUGUUGAAGUGUUAAAGAGCUAUCUUACUCUUUCUAAUUUAGAGAGGGACAAGGUGCUGGGGUCUCUAUUAUUUGAUCUUUAUGAGAUGCCAGCCUCUUGUUAUUCCAUUAUACUUGGGGCACUGAGUUACGCUAUAUCCACACAGUCUAUCCAAUUGACGGAUUCACCAUGGUUUAAAUGCGGUCGCCUGCAAAUCACGCCUAUUUUUGACGGGUCCAACCUCCGUUACCUAACUCUUGAGUUUCAACCAACAUCAUCUACUAUUGCUCAUCAAUAAGCCUUGUGGGAAGUGCUACUCAAAGGCUCAUCAGCUGCAGCUAGUCGUGCAGGGUUUGCAUAGAUGAGAGAGCGAGCGACUCUGCGGGAACAAAAGGGUUGGGCCCGAGCGUCUACCCUCACGCCGGUAGGUUAGUAGUAUGGUGGGUGACCACAUGCGAAUCCCUACUGUUGUAUGUUUUUUUCCUUUUUAUACCUUAUUCUUCAUAAAAUUAUUUUUGUGUACUUAACAUAACCCGCAAGCCUUUUUUAUUAAGCAGGGAGGGAAACCGUCGGGCCGGGGUCCCGGAGGGGCGGAAUUUGCGGGGAAGCUGCGCCCGCAUCAAUCCCAAGCCAAGUUCCACCUGCAUUCCUUCCCAGUCUCCAUCGACAUGCCCCUCAACCCAGCCGACAGCUACAAACAUGUCAGAUACACCAAGUCGGAUCAGGGGCCAGCGCCUAUGCCCAUGGUGCUCAAAAUCAUUCACCAAAGAAGAGCACCUUGCAAGGCAUGUCCGCACGCAUACAAAGGAGAAGCCUUUUGUGUGUCGAGUCUGCAAUAAGGCUUUUAGUCGACAUGACUCGCUUCUACGCCACCGCAGGUCUCAUAAAUCUGCAGAAUCGGCCUCUCCAAGAGUGGUGGAGGUGGCAACUUUCACCUCGGACACGAUGAAUCUGGAUGUGCACAGUCUAUCACAAAACACACCCAGCAGACGUGCACAGAGUAACUACGAAGCGCGCCCUAGUCUGCCCCGAGAGUUCCCGAAUCCUCCGUGUGCGCAAGGGGUACAGGACCUUGCAAGAAUGAACCAUGUAUCACAUCCAACCAUGUCAGAUGAUGGGAUCGGCCACCAUUCCCUCGCAGGCGAUGUGGUACGGUCUUAUCCGUCGCCUUGGCUCGAGAAUGUUUCCCUUGGACCCCAAUCUACGACGGAGCCGGAAACAGCCGGACCAGGCCAUCCCCCUAUGACCAACUCAACUCGCAGCAACGACUGGGUCUUUAACUUCAUUCCGCAGACGCCUGUGUGGCUUGCCCAGGAUGACUUUGACCUGGACGCCCUCAACUCGAGCAUCAUUGCGUCUACGAGUUAUUUCCUACCACCGGAACCCCUCCCUACGAUUAUUGAGCCGCCGGCUCCCGUUCCUGAGCACAACGUUCCCCCCUCUGUGGAAGAUGCUGUGCAGAAAGAAUGGUUCACAUACACAGCCUCCUCGCAAUCAGGGUACAUCACGCCGGAUAUCGGCUCUGAAGAAACGCACGUAGAUGAUGCAUACAGGACAAAUCUUGCCGUCAAGCUACAGCACCAAGUUCCUGUCUUUCCCCUCCCAUCUACUGAUUUCCUGAACAUGUGCAUCCAGACAUACUUUUCCAAGUUCCACCCGCUGUUUCCUGUUAUUCACGCACCGACCUUUCGGCCUUCGGCGAUCAAUUCGCUCCUUUUAUUGUCCAUAUGCUCGAUUGGGAGUUUAUUUGUCGGGCUAUCGCACGCACAGUCCCAGGGGGAGAAGAUAUUCGAGACCUUGAACAAGGCAAUUCUCUCUUCAUGGGAAGGUUACAUGUCCGAGAGGGGGACAGGAGUGACGGCGAUGAUCCAGGCGGCGCUCAUUGGUCAGACAUUUGGUCUAUUAUCCGGGAGACAAAAAGAUCUUUUUAUAGCACAGACUUUUCACGGGACACUAUGGGCAAGGAGGUACCGUAUGUUUAAACCCAAAAAGGCGUCGGACAGCAUCUCCCUCGAGGAAGUGCUGCAUCGCCCACAGAACGCCUGGAGAACUUGGGCUCAGACGGAGGAGCGUAAUAGGAUCGCGGCGGCCCUCCACAUCCACGACGUCGAGAUAGCAGAACUCUUUGUGACGGACCCCUACCUCCGACAUAGUCCGCCGAAGCGGCCCGUGCUAUGCAACGAUGAGCUCUGGAACGCAAGCGCGGCAGAAGCAUGGUCCAGGCUGAUGGUUGAGCAUCUCAGCUCGACGCAAGGGGCCGAAGCCAACACCCGCAGUCAUUCACCACCUGGAAGUACACCCCGACUACAUGCAUAUCUCGAGCUCGAAGCCCUUUCAGCAUUCAUGAUGGAGAGCAAGACACAGACAGUGGCAAAUCAACCCGACGAUGGAAACAGUCUUGAACAAAUCGACUGCGCAUUUACCUCUUCGUUGAUCACAUUCUACACCACACACCUCAAGCCGUAUCACCAACGAGAGGGACCAGACCCGCUUUCGCUGCUCGUCCUCUGGCAUGGAGUCUUCAUUUCCCUAUCCGCAGACAUUGACUCUCUCGAGCUUGCCAUCGGUCGCGAAGGCGCACAUCAAGCCAGGUCUCCCCGCAUCGCAACAUACGUACGCGCAUGGGCAAACUCCUCCCGCGGCCAGCGCGCCGCAAUCCACGCCGCGCUGGUCCUCCGGCACCUCGAGCAGCUCCCACUAUCGAUGGAGCCAGCCAUCCACGUCCCUCGCGUGGUAUUCCGCGCCGCAAUUGCCUGGUACUGCUACACAAAGUACCACGACCUCGACCGGCAAGACUACGCGCACUCAGCAGGAGGGAACACCACGGGAUUAGUGCCAGACUUCCCCGAGCUCAAGGAGAUGGAAGUCAACUGUCGGCAAGCCCUCUUCCCAGCGAGCGGGUGGAAAACUGGGUCUACUCGGAGAUCUGCUAUGGCCGAGUCGACGACGUUUGGUGGGCUUGUCGAUCUGCUGCAGAGGAUGGGGCACUGGGGGUUGUCGAAGCGGUUGGCGGGGAUACUGAGGCUGCUGUUACCCGGGAUCGAGAGAGAGGAGGAGAGGAGAGUGGACGGGUGAAGAAAACCAGGGGCGAAAAAAUAAAUAAAUAAAACAAAACAAAAACAAUCUUUAUAAGGAGUGACUGUUGUGUGGGAAAAUUUAAGCUUUGUACUUGAAUACCUGAUACACAUAUGAUAAUCUCUUCAUCUGAAUGCUCAGCACCCACGCAAGUACCCCACAACCGCCCUCAC